AUGGGUAGGUGUAAGCAGCAGAAACGUUCUGAGUUGUUCUUACAUGGCGCUAUUCAUUGGUUGUGUUAUUCUAGUGAAGAUUACAUUGAUGAUGAUAUUCUUAUCUUUGAUUUGAAGGAAAGGAGUUUCUCAAAGAUAUCUAUGCCAAAACAACUCGUUGGGUGUUACCCCAUUUAUCUCAUCACACUAGGAGAGUGCCUAGCUUUGUAUUCACAUGACAAUCAUAAAACUGAGAUAUGGGUUAUGAAAGAAUAUAAAGUGCCGUCAUCUUGGAUUUUAAUGUAUGAGAUUCCUUAUGGUAACAAUUGGCCUCUAUACAUGUCCAAUGGAAGUGACAUUACUGCGCUAAAUUUUACUCUGCCGGAUUACAAGUUAAGAUUUGUCAAAUAUAACGUCAGUGGAGAGCUUCUAAAUUAUUCUCCUCUACCUCGUUCUCAAUAUUAUUACUUCUUUAGUGGUUUCUAUGUAUACACAGAGAGUCUCUUUCCACUUCCCGGUGACAUUAAGGAUAGGGAUAAGAAGAAGAAAACUGUCCAGUCUUAUGGUGAGGCUUAA